CGCUGAGGUAGCAUUUGCCAAUCCGCCUUCCAUGAGUGAAAUGGACAUGGGAGCCAUGGGUGCAUGGGCAGAAAUCAUGGCUGAAGAGCAGGUACAAUCUGCGCCUCCAAGCGAGAAAAACGACGAGAACGAAACAAAACAAGAGCAAAGUACGGAAGAAACCGAUAAUGCGAUGAGGAAACCGCAGCAGCCAGAACAGCAAUAUUUUGCAGUGCAGGUAACAAACCUACCUGCAUGUACGAACGAAGAGCUUUUCUAUCAUUUUGGCGGUGAUAGUGUGGUGCGUGACAUCGCAAUUUUGCCGGAUCGCCGUUGUGCAGCGAGGAUUGAUUUGUACACAGUAGAAGGAUUGAAACGUGCGAAAGAGCUUGAUGGGCAACAGUUCAGGGGCAGGACCCUUAGAGUAUACGAGAUUCGAGAAGAAAGAGUUCGUGAAAGACCAUUACCUCAUGAGUUUCAAAAUCGUCAGUUUAGCAACGAGCCACCUCCAUAUAGUAGAGAAAGUAGCAGGUACGGGAAUUACUUCACUUUCAAUCAUUUCCAUAUGCGUCCUUUUCGUUACAAAAGUUAUCUAUCUAAAGAAUGUAGAGUUUUGUAGGA